UUUCCCGGAGGCCGUUGGUGGUGCCGGGGGCGGGACCGGACCGAGGCUUCCUGUCUGCGCCUGCGGAAUAGCCGUUUGACCCCGGAAGUGCGGGCUCCCCGGCAGCUGUCAUCGUGGACGGCGGCGGCUCAUCGCCGGUGGUGGAGCCGCCUAGGAGGGUCACGCAGCACAAUGCCAGCUCUGCCCUUGGACCAACUCCAGAUCACCCACCAGGACCCGAAGACUGGAAAGCCGAGGACGUCACCAGCGCUGCACCCCGAGCAGAAGGCAGACCGGUAUUUUGUGUUAUACAAACCGCCCCCUAAAGACAACAUCCCCGCCCUAGUGGAGGAGUACCUGGAACGCGCCACCUUCGUAGCCAAUGACCUCGACUGGCUCCUGGCCUUGCCUCACGAUAAAUUCUGGUGCCAGGUUAUCUUUGACGAGACCCUGCAGAAGUGCCUGGAUUCCUACCUGCGCUAUGUCCCUCGGAAGUUUGACGAGUGGGUGGCCCCAAGCCCCGAGGUCGCUGACAUGGAGAAACACCUCCACCGGAGUGUUUUUCUCACCUUCCUCCGCAUGUCCACGCACAAGGAGUCCAAAGAGCACUUCCUGUCCCCCGCUGCAUUUGGAGAAAUACUCUACAACAACUUCCUCUUCGACAUCCCAAAGAUCCUGGACCUCUGCGUGCUCUUUGGAAAAGGCAACUCCCCACUCCUCCAGAAGAUGAUAGGAAACAUCUUUACCCAGCAGCCAAGUUACUAUAACGACCUGGAUGAAACCAUACCCACCAUCCUUCAGGUCUUCAGCAAUAUCCUCCAGCACUGUGGUCUGCAAGGGGAAGGGGCCAGCACCACGCCCCAGAAGCUUGAGGAGAGGGGCCGGCUGACGCCCAGCGACAUGCCUCUCCUGGAACUAAAGGACAUUGUCCUCUACCUUUGCGAUACCUGCACUACACUCUGGGCCUUCCUGGACAUCUUCCCUCUGGCGUGCCAAACCUUCCAGAAACACGACUUCUGUUACAGACUCGCUUCCUUUUACGAAGUGGCAAUUCCCGAAAUGGAGUCUGCAAUGAAGAAGCGGAGGCUUGAAGACAGCAAGCUGCUGGGAGACCUGUGGCAGAGGCUCUCCCAUUCCAGGAAGAAGCUGAUGGAGAUUUUCCAUGCCAUCCUGAAUCAGAUCUGCCUGCUUCCCAUCCUCGAGAGCGGCUCUGACAACGUCCAGAGCUUCAUUGAAGAAUUUCUCCAGAUCUUCAGCUCCUUGCUACAGGAGAAGAGGUUCCUGCGGGACUAUGAUGCACUCUUCCCAGUGGCCGAAGACAUCAGCUUGCUGCAGCAGGCCUCGUCCGUCUUGGACGAGACACGGACGGCCUACAUCCUCCAGGCAGUGGAAAGUGCGUGGGAAGGGGUGGAGAGACAGAAAGCCACAGGCACUAGAGACUCGUCUGUGGCCGAGGACCUCAACAGGGAAUCCAAUGGAGUCACAACGACAACAGAGACAAUCAGUGAGAAACUGCCACACCCGGACAACUCAGAGGAAGAGGAGUGUUUGGGAGCAACUGCUGCUCCGGCCGCCAGCGUGAGCGGCGUGGAGCUGGACUCGCUCAUCUCCCAGGUGAAGGACCUGCUGCCAGACCUCGGCGAGGGCUUCAUCCUGGCCUGCCUGGAGCACUACCACUACGACUCGGAGGAGGUCAUCAACAACAUCCUGGAGCAGCGACUGGCCCCGGCCCUCAGCCAGCUGGACCGCAGCUUAGACAGACAGGUGCAGCCAGACCCCACGCCCCUGCUCACCUCUCGGCACAACGUUUUCCAGAACGAUGAGUUUGAUGUGUUCAGCAGGGACUCCGUGGACCUGAGCCGGGUGCACAAGGGCAGGAGGAAGGAGGAGAACGUACGGAGCCUGAUAAAUGACAAGCGAGCGGUGGCAGCGCAGCGGCAACGCUACGAGCAGUACAGCGUGGUGGUGGAGGAGGUGCCCCUGCAGCCAGGAGACUACCAUGGUGACGACUACGAGGAUGAGUAUGACGACACAUACGACGGCAACCAGGUGGGCGCCAACGAUGCAGACUCGGAUGAUGAGCUCAUAAGCCGCAGGCCCUUCACCAUCCCUCAGGUGCUGAGAACCAGAGUUCCCGGAGAAGGGCAGGAGGAAGAUGAUGACGACGAGGAGGAGGAGGUGGAAAAUGAAGUCCCCAAGCCCGACCAUUUCGUGCAAGACCCUGCAGUGCUGAGGGAGAAGGCAGAAGCCAGGCGCAUGGCAUUCCUCGCCAGGAAGGGGUACCGGCAUGACAGCUCCGCCACAGUGACCGGCAACCCGCGAGGCCAUGGGCAGAGUCGUGAGACCACACAGGAACGCAGGAGGAAGGAAGCCAACAAAGCGACAAGAGCUAACCACAACCGGAGAACCAUGGCCGACCGUAAGAGAAACAAAGGCAUGAUUCCCUCCUGAGACUGCUGUGCCUGGGCCAGCACAGAGGGCCUGCCUGCCAGCCAGCCAGCCAGCCCCCUGCAGGGGCCACAACCUCAGUAAGACCCCUCUACAGCCUCUCAGCUUUGCAGCCCCUGAGAAGGCUGCCUCGUCGCCUCCCAGCCCGCUGUGAGCGCCUUCUUGCAGAACACACCAGUGCCUUAACCCACAGCGGAGGAACCCGAGAGACCAGCAAGCAGGCACCUCCCCCCAGAUGUGCUGGCGGGGAAAUGGACAGGGAUGGAGCCCCGAGGCCUCCACGCCUCAUACAGCAAGACAUCACUUCUAUUUUUUCCUGAACAGCAGGAAACCUACCAAAAAAAAAAGUCUGCAAAUAAAGUUUUUGACCGUUUCAAGCACUGA